AUGAAAUGUACUGAAGUAUGGAACAUUAAUCAAGAUGGUAUUGAUAUAUUAAUUGAUUACAAACACACUGCGGCGGCAAAAGACUUCAUAUCGAAAACAGAAUUUACAUACAAUAUUAUGAUCGAUGAUUUAGAAACGGCCAUCGAUGACACUUAUAUGGAAGUGAACAAUAGCAACUCAAACAUGCCCUGGUUGGAGAGAGAAAGUACAAUAAUGAAUUGGAAUCGAUAUCACGACAUUGGUGAUAUACAACAGUUUAUGCAGCACAUACUAGAAACUUAUUCAGAUUUAGCAGAAAUUGUGCAGAUUGGGCUAACAAAUCACAAAAGACCAUUAGAAGUUUUAAAAAUUUCAAAUGGUGAUCCAAAUAAUUGGGCAGUUUUCAUAGAUGCUGGAAUGCAAGCCCGAGAUUGGUUAAGCCCAGCAGCUGUUACUUAUGCCAUUUCUAAAUUAACUUGGCUUUGGGGCAAUUAUACAGAACGAAAUGCUAUGCGUAACAUUGAUUGGUAUUUCUUGCCAAUUACAAAUCCUGACGGUUAUCAGUACUCGAGAAUUACAGAUCGUCUUUGGACAAAGAAUCGACAUUUUGAUAGACAAACUGGUUGUUAUGGUGUUAAUUUGGAUAGAAAUUUUGAGUAUCAAUGGGCUGGUGCAGGAUCUUCAGAAAAUCCAUGUAAAAAUUUAUAUCGUGGGCCUACAAAAUUUUCUGAACCAGAGACUAAAGCAAUACGUCAAUUUAUGUUAAAAAUGCGAGAUUAUUUGGGUGCUUAUAUAUCAUUUGGUGCUUACGGACAAGCAAUUGCUUAUCCCUGGGGUGAUGCAGACUAUGUUACCAAUAAUCAAAGAAGUUUACACAAAGUUGCACGCAAAGCAGUUCUAAAUUUUCGUAAGCUAAAUCAAGCAGAAUACCGUAUUGGUUCUGGUUAUCGUCUUAAACUGUCACACGCUGGUAACUCUGCAGAUUGGGUGCAGCAUCGCCUCAACCCAAAAUUCGUUUAUAAUGUGUAUCUUAAAGAUCAAGGACGUUACGGUUAUUUAAUGCCACCACAUUAUAUUGUAGAAUCGGGUGAAGAAGUUUAUGAAUUUAUGAAAACUAUUGCUGCAGCUUUAAAUUGA